AGGGCGCAUUUAAUGCAUAGCGAUUGACUUAUUUGAAAAUAAUUAAUAUUUUUUAAAAGUCGGAAUACCAAAGCCGGCUUUAGGUUUUUUGCAGCCGGUUGUGGAAGAAAACAGAAUGUGCAGCAAACCCGCAAAGCUGGCUUUGCGUUUUGGAGCCGGCUCUACAGAGAAAACAGAAUGUGCAGAAUCCUGUAAAGUCGGCUGCAGAAAUGGUGAGCCGACUAUACAGAGCCAGCUCUAGUAAUCUAAGCAGGCUUUCCUGACAAUCUUGCAACUCGAGCUUUGCGUCCUGCAGAGCAUUUAAUGACCCCCAACGGCUAGAAACAGCUAUUUUCGAGCAAAGGGCUAUAAAUAUGGUUGGUAACA